AUGCCUCGCUCAAGCAAAGUUUCUAACAGAUCAUUUUCUCAUGGAAAACAAGGUUAGUUAAAUGAACCAAUCAUUAUUACAUUAUAAAGAGAGAUUGAUAAUUACACUAGAAAAGUAGAAAUUGAAAGAAGGUUUCAUUUAAUAGAUGCAUUAUUUUAGAAAGCUUUUUAAUUUAGAAUAAUAGCACAGAUAAUUAUAAGAAGAAGUAAAAAAUAAAGUAUAAUCUGUGAAAAAAUUGAAAAUGGAUUCAAUAAAAAAGGUUUUGAAUAAAGAUUAGGCAGAAUCAAAAAGUCUAUAAUUUUAAAUUGAUUAAGUAAUUCAUAAUAAAAAAUUUAGUUUGAUAAAAAAUUAUGUAAGUCUGUAGCAAAUAUUGACAUUAUGAAAUCAAAUAUUGAUAUAAUAAGAAAAGAACGAAAUUAACUGUUAUAAGCAAUGAAAGAAAUUCAAUAGUCUCAUGAGUAAAUUCAUAGUAGAUUAAUCUCAACAUAAUCAUAGGCUUAAAGAAAGGUUCAUGAUGCUUGUAAUAAUAAUUAGAAAUAUUGUUAGAAAUUACUUAAUAAUAAAUGUUUGAUUUGAAAACAAAAAAUGAAAUUGAUAAAAGUGAAUUUUAAGAAAAAUUUGAUAGACUAAAAGCUGAAUUAAAAGAAAAAUAAGAAAAAUAAAAUGAAAAAGAUAAAAUAUCUAAAACUAAUAGACUCAAAGCUACAAAUUAUUCUACUUUUGAUACUGGAACUUUAUUAAAAAGAAGAUUAUAAAGAAUUAUUGCUAAUAAUAAAGAAAAAGUUAAAAUGAUUGAUACAUAUUAAAGAAAUAUGAGAAUUGUAGAUGAAGCAUUUAAUUAAAUAAAAGAAGCAACUGGAUUAACUGAUAUAGAAGAAAUUAAAAAUAAUUUUAUUAAAAGUGAAGAAUAGAACUAUUCAUUAUGGACAUAUGUAGAUGUACUAAACUAAGAAAUAGAUGCUUUAGAAGAUGCUAAUGAAGAAUUAAAAGAAAAGUGUGAAAUAUAAGAAAAAGAAAAUGCUGAAAGAUAGAGAAUUUUAUAAGCAACCCCAGAUGGUGAAAGAAAAAGAAAAUAAAUUUAAAGGAUUAUUGAUUAAAAGUAAAUAUAUAUUAAAUAUUAAAGAUAAAAUGAGAUUGAUCAAUUUGGUAAUAAAUUAUCUUAAAUCUAACCAAUUAUAGAGAAUAUAUUAUAAAAAAUGAUUAAGACUAAAUUUAAUCUUGAUCCAACUAGAGUUUAUACAUUUUAAGGUGGAUUUUAAUUAAAUGAAUCUAAUAUUGAUUAAUAUUUAGGUGAAAUAUUUUAAUUUUAUUAUUAGCUGAAUUGGAAGGUUAUAUAAAUAUGUUAGUAUUAUAUAAAUCAAAUAAAAAUAAAAGAGAUGGAUUAAAUUAAAAUAAAUUUAUAACUGGAUUAUUAUUAGAAGAAAUACCAACAAAAGAAUUUAAAUCAAAAUAAUAAUUAAAUUAAACAUCAGUAUUACCAUCUUAGGGAAAUGAAGAAGGUUCAGACUUUUAAAAGUUUUUAAAUUAUAAUGAAUUUCAUGAAAUGGCUUAAUUAGCCCUAAAAGAGGCUGAAGGAUAAAGUAUUAAAUUACAUUAUUUAAUGUAGAUUUUGCAUCAACAAAGAAGAAUAAAAAAUGA